AAAAAAUGUACAUCGUGGCGAGUAUACCAUGGGAAUAUUACUACCGAAAGGAGGAGAUCCAUAUUGAGAUGAAUGAACUCUGGCAGUUAUUCAAUCUAGAAGCCCUCGACAAAUCUCUCAUGAGUUGCUAUUGCUUACUGAAGAUCAGUGAGUGCAAAAGUAAUAAUAUUAUCAAUGUUGGGUUUGUUGACCCAGAUAAAAUACAUGUUGAAACGGUGAAGCAUAAACGCGAAGAAACGGGGGGAAACCUACUAAGGUUUUUGGGGCAGCAAUAUUUCUGUGAUUCAAUAUUGUUUCCUUACAACUACGACUUCCACUGGAUUCUACUAGACAUUCAACCUGAUAAGGGAAUAGUUGAAGUAAAAGACCCACUCGAGUAG